AUGGCUCGUGAACGCACGUACAUUAUGAUUAAACCGGACGGUGUCCAACGUCACCUCGUGGGUGAGAUCAUCAAGCGUUUUGAGACAAAGGGCUACAAGCUCGUGGCUCUCAAGCUCGCUCGUCCGUCGGUGGAGCAUUUGGAAGCCCAUUACUCGGAUUUGUCCGACCGCCCCUUUUUCCCGGCGCUUAUUAAAUACAUGAGCUCUGGUCCCGUGACGUGCAUGGUCUGGGAAGGUACCAAUGUCGUACUAGAAGGACGUAAGAUGUUGGGUGCUACGAAGCCCAGUGAUUCAGCGCUCGGCACGAUCCGUGGCGACUUUUGUGUCGACGUCGGUCGUAACGUGUGCCACGGUUCGGACUCGGUUGAAUCGGCUGAAAAGGAAAUCACCUUGUGGUUCCCUGAAGGUGUCAUUGAGUGGGGUGCUUACGAUGACGAGUGGGUGUACGAGAAGUAA